AUGACCUCUGGAGGUCAGCAAGAGGUACAAUUCACACACCCGUCUUGGCAUCUCGGCUGUUUCUACUACGUGGUGGUGGGUAGUGACAGUGGGCGUAUAUCCAUCCUCGAGUACAUCGUUGAGCGCAAUGCGUUCGAGUCCGUACACAUGGAGACCUUUGGCAAAAGCGGCUGCCGGCGAAUCGUGCCGGGGCAGUACUUGGCAGUGGAUCCCAAGGGAAGGGCUGUGAUGAUUGCGGCCGUCGAGAAACAGAAGCUUGUUUAUAUUCUGAACAGAGACGCGGCGGCAAGGUUGACCAUCUCAUCGCCUUUAGAAGCGCACAAAUCUCACUCGAUAUUAUUUCACGUCAUUGGAUUGGAUGUUGGGUUUGAAAACCCUAUGUUUGCCAGUCUCGAACUGGACUAUGCCGAUGCCGAUGACGACGCAACCGGCGAGGCGCUUGAGGAUACAAAACAGAGUUUGGUCUAUUAUGAGCUUGAUUUGGGUCUGAAUCACGUAGUCCGCAAGCACAGCGAAGAAUUAGAGGAGGCCGCGAACAUGCUCAUCCCUGUGCCCGGAGGCAACGACGGACCGGGAGGUCUCAUUGUGUGCUGCGAGGACUUUGUGACAUACAAAAACUUGGGAGAACAAACAGAUGUGCGUGUGGCCAUCCCCAAACGCCAGAACUCACUCGUAGAGGCGGACAGAAGUACACUUAUAGUGGCGUGCGCAGCCCACAAAACAAAGCAGAUGACUUUCUUCUUGGUGCAAACGGACCAGGGCGAUAUCUUCAAGAUCGCCCUCGUAGUCGACGACGACAUUGUGGUAAACAUGCAGAUGCGGUACUUUGACACCAUCCCUGUAGCCACAAGUCUAAACAUCCUUAAGGCUGGGUUUCUCAUGUCCAGCGGAGAGUUUGGUAAUCACUUGCUGUUCCAGAUUGCCCAGUUGGGCGAUGACAACGAAGCAGAGCCGACAUACGACCAAGUGACGGAGUACCAUGAGACCUGGCCCACAUUCCAACCGCGUGAGCUGAUGUGUCUGGUACCCGUAGACGAAUUGGAGUCGUUCUCGCCUAUCAUGGACUGCGAAAUAGCUAAGCUUGAAGGCGCCGAUUCCGACACGCCCAAGUUCUUUGCAGCGUGCGGACGAGGGUCUAGGUCAACUCUUCGGCAGUUCAGGCACGGGCUGGAGGUGACUGAAAUGGCCGUCAGUGAAUUGCCGGGCAAUCCCAAUGCCGUGUGGACUGUCAAGCGCAACAGGAACGACGAAUACGACUCGUAUAUCGUUGUGUCCUUCAACAAUGCUACGCUGGUGCUUUCUAUCGGCGACACAGUCGAGGAAGUGGUCGACAGUGGGUUCUUAGGCACCAGCCCUACCGUGUACGCGUCUGGAUUGGGCGAUGACUCAUUGCUGCAUGUGCAUCCAGAUGGUAUCCGCCAUAUCAGGGCAGACAAGCGUAUCAACGAGUGGAAGUGUCCCGGGCGUGCGACCAUCACACGCGCGGCUGUAAAUAUCCGGCAGGUGGUUAUAUCCCUAUCAAACCAAGAGCUAGUAUACUUUGAGCUGGAUGCAGCAGGACAGCUGAACGAAUACACCGAGCGUAUGCCUAUGGACAGCGAUGUGCAGAGCAUAGCUAUUGGUGAAGUACCAGAUGGGCGUCAGCGGUGUCGCUUUGUGGCGGUGGGGCUUGCAGACAGGUCUGUGCGGAUAGUCUCAUUGGAUCCCGAGGAUUGCCUUACCCAAUUGAGUAUACAGGUGCUGCCCGUGACACCGUCGUCUCUGUGCAUGGUGGCCAUGGAGGACGGGUCUGACUCUGGCGACACCAGUACACUGUACUUGAACAUCGGUCUAACGAACGGUGUGAUGAUGCGUACCGUUAUUGAUCCAAUAACGGGACAGAUUUCUGACAAUCGACUGAGGUAUCUGGGGUCAAAAGAGGUCAAGAUGUUCAGGGUGAAGACCCAGGGGAAGGAUGCCGUCUUGUCCCUGUCCAGUAGGAAUUGGUUGAGUUACCCUUAUCAAGGCCGUCUCAUCCAGACACCUCUGACAUACGAAGCAUUAGAGCACGCGACCUCAUUCACCUCCGAGCAAUGUCCCGAGGGUAUAGUCGCUAUAGCGGGCAACACACUCAGAAUCAUUGCCACGGAGAAACUGGGCGCUGUUUUUAAUCAACAAGCAGCACAGCUGUCGUACACACCCAGGAAACUGUGUGUGCACAGGCAGAGUAACACUGUGUUGGUGAUAGAGACUGACCACAACUGCCUGACGCAGAGCGCGAAGGAAAAGGCUAAGGCGCAAAUAAACGGUGGUAUGGAAGUAGACGGCGAGGCCGAGGAAGAUUUGCCUGCGGAUAUAUUUGGAGAACCCAGACCAGGUGCCGGUAUAUGGGCAUCUAUGCUAAGAGCCGUUGAUGCUGAAACGAAUGAAACGGUUGCUACGCAUCUGUUCGACGAUAACGAGAGUGCCGUGAGCAUGGUCACCGCCACCUUUCACGACAGGGGCGACGACGUCUAUGUACUGGUGGGCACCGCCGUCAACCUCAAGCUCGCACCCCGAUCGUGCGACGCUGCGUUUAUAUACUCAUUCAAGAUCGACAGUGCGACUAAACAGUUCGUUCUACUUCAUAAGACGGCUCUUGACGAUGUUCCGGGGGCGAUGUGUGCGUUCCAGGGACGCGUGCUGGUCAGUGUGGGCCGUUUGUUACGUAUAUACGAUAUGGGGAAGCGAAAACUGCUGCGCAAAUGCGAGAAUAAGCACGUGCCAAAUAACAUAGUGAGUGUCAUGGCGCUGGGCUCACGCAUCUACGUAAGCGAUGUGCAGGAAUCAUGGCAUUUCCUCAAGUAUAAGUCGGACCAGAACUUCAUGGUCAUCUUCGCAGACGAUACCCUCCCCCGGUGGGUGACCACCGGCUGUGUUUUAGACUACGAUACUAUAUGCGGGGCUGAUAAAUUUGGCAAUGUGUAUCUCCUGCGACUGCCGUCGGGUGCGGUGGAUGAUAUUGAUGACGAUCCAUCGGGCACUAAAGUCAUCUGGCAGCGUGGGUUGCUAGGAGGCGCUCCACAGAAGGUUGAAUGUGUGGCGCAAUUCUAUAUCGGAGAGACAAUCAAGACGCUCCAGAAGUGCGAUUUGGUGGCCGACGGACACGAGUGUGUGGUAUACACAACGCUGUCAGGGGGUAUGGGUAUACUUGCGCCAUUCCAGAGCAAAGAGGAUCUCGAGUUCUUCCAACACAUGGAGAUGUACAUGCAGCAGAACAUGCCGCCGUUGUGUGGCAGGGACCACUUGUCAUUCAGAUCAUACUAUCAGCCCAAGAAGAAUGUGAUCGAUGGCGAUUUGGUGGAACAGUUCAAUACAAUGGUUCUCAGCAAACGUAAGGAUCUUUCAGAUGAACUCGACCGAACACCGCCCGAAGUAUCGAAGAAGUUAGAAGACAUUCGCGCACUCUUUGCCUUUUAAAAGCGUCAAAGUAACCUAUAUGCAAUAAGUCGCCACAAACUAUAUGCAACUAUGGGGGACGACUCUAUAUAAUAUAAGCCUACUCUUGGCGUUCUGGACAGUCAUGAAUACCAUAUGCAGCUGCGCAUAGUUACUCUUAUAAACAACCCUGGAUUAAGCGAUGAAAGCUUCGCGGCAAAAUGAGAUGCACCUUGGUAUAAUCUGGCAUGGUCAACACUCCAAACAAACCAUGUUACUGAAAUAAAUACGCCACGUACGUAUCAUCCACACAUUCGAUGGCUCUCGCAACA